AAAGAAAUAAAUAAUUACAGCGUUUUCAACAAAGCCAUUUUUUCCUGAAGAUUGAUAAGCUUUUGUACCGGAACCACAGGAAACGCAGUCCCAGGCCAGGGAACCGACAGGAGCCCCGCCACGAGGGCACUUCAGCCAGGCAGUUGAACCGAGGGACCAAUUUCAUCAACACAAUCCGGGACAGUCAACAUGGCGGCUGCCGUAAGAUGUCUCAGGAGAGCCUUGAUACAACAUCAAAGGCAUAGUCUUUCCAAGAUGGCAUACCAGACACUUCUUUACCCUUGUUCAAUAAGCAGUCUCUUGCCCAACAGACAUUUUGCUGCUGCUGCUACAAAAAACAGUGUUUGCCUCGGCCUUGUCUUCCUGCCUGCAAGAACUACGGAGGCUCUCUGGUCUCCAGCCUGCUAUAAUCUUCCCUGGAAGCACCUGGUGGAGGUGUGUGGCAAGGCCUGUGAAGGAACUAACUCCAGGCCUGCAAGGAAAAAGAAAAAAGAUGCCAAUGAAAAUACAACAGAUGAAAAAACAGAUGAAAUAGAGAAAAUAAAGUCAUAUACCUACAUGGAAAAUGAACCUGAAGAUGAUGUCUACUUAAAACGCUUAUUCCCGAGGCGGAUCUAUGAAGUGGAGAAAGCUAUUCACCUACUUAAGAAAUACCAAGUUCUGGACUUUACCAAUCCAAAGCAAGGUGUUUAUCUUGAUUUAACAUUAGAUAUGUCAUUGGGGAAAAAGAAAAAACUGGAGCCAUUUUCUACCGUUGCUAGUUUGCCGUACCCUUUUGCUUCUGAGAACAAAGUUGCUGUAUUUACAGGGGAUGCAUCAGAGAUUAAAAUAGCUGAAGAAAAUGGAGCUGCUUAUGCAGGAGGAGCGGAUCUGGUUAAGAAGAUCUUGAAUGAGGAGGUUGUUGCAGACUAUUAUGUAGCUGUUCCAGAAAUACUGCCUGAGAUUAACCCAUUAAAGAAGAAACUGAAUAACAGGUUUCCAAAGACUUUUAGAAAUGCCAUUGGUCAUGACAUCCCCAAAAUGCUUGAAUUAUUUAAGACUGGACUUGCAAUUAUGGUAGAUGAAGAAAGGCAGAACUUCCUCAGCACCAAAAUAGCAACAUUGGAUAUGCCAAGUGACCAGAUAGCUGCCAAUCUUCAAGCAAUUAUAAAUGAGGUCUGUAGGCAGAGACCACUGCAUCUCGGUCCGUUUGUGGUGCGUGCCUUCCUUCGUAGUUCAACCAGCGAAGGUUUGCUACUGAAGACUGACGCAUUGUUGCCCCAAAAUGCUAAAACCAAAGAAGAUGACUAGAAGUGUUGUAUUGUGAUAUCGUUUUGUGAUCUCAAGAAAGAGCAGAGAAAUCUGUAAAACUGUAUAAUUUCUAGUUUGGCUUCUCAUUUCUUAAUCAGUACAUUUAGAAGUAAAUUUUAAUUCCCUCCCCUUUUUUACUGUUUCAAAAAUAAGGGAAAAAAUGAAAUUUCGGCUUCUAAAAA